UCCUUAAAACAAUCAGCAGGCUGCAAGGGGCCUCUUCCUGCCCUUGCACUCCAGACUAAAAACCUUUGCAUACCAUAUUCAAUGGCUUCACAUGAUCAUCAUACCCAUGACCAUGGCCAUCACACCCAUGACCAUGACCACCACCACCAUCAUCAUAAUGACCAUGACCAUGACCAUGAUCACCAGCAUCAUGAUCAUGAUCAUACUCAUGGGGAUUCAACAGCAAAGUCAUGGGUGGGCCCUGAUGGGAAGGUGUACCAUAGUCAUGAUGGACUGGCACCACACUCACAUGAACCCAUAUACUCCCCAGGCUACUUCAGCAGAAGAGCUCCACCACUUGUCACCAGGGAUUUCAAGGAGAGAGCCUUCACUAUCGGCAUUGGUGGCCCAGUUGGUACUGGGAAAACAGCUUUAAUGCUGGCUCUAUGCAAAUUCUUGCGGGACAAGUACAGUCUUGCUGCAGUGACGAAUGAUAUAUUCACAAAAGAGGACGGUGAGUUCUUGGUGAAACAUGGAGCACUUCCUGAGGAAAGGAUACGUGCUGUGGAAACUGGGGGAUGCCCACACGCUGCAAUUCGUGAAGACAUUAGCAUUAAUCUUGGCCCUCUUGAGGAGCUCUCUAACCUGUACAAAGCAGACAUACUUCUUUGUGAAUCAGGGGGAGAUAAUUUAGCCGCCAACUUCAGCAGAGAACUGGCUGACUAUAUCAUCUAUAUAAUUGAUGUAUCUGGUGGUGAUAAAAUUCCUCGGAAAGGUGGCCCCGGCAUCACCCAAGCUGAUCUCCUUGUGAUAAACAAGACCGACCUUGCCGCGGCAGUUGGCGCUGAUUUGACCGUCAUGGAGCGUGAUGCACUUCGAAUGCGUGAUGGAGGGCCAUUUGUCUUUGCUCAGGUGAAACAUGGGCUUGGUGUAGAGGAAAUAACAAACCACAUUUUACAGGGCUGGGAAGCAGCGACUGGGAUGAAGCGUCGCUGACUUCCCUUUCUGGAAGUUGCUUCAGCUUAUGUUUUGUAUUAACGGCAACUCUUGUAUUUGGGAACUUUUCAAAUGUUUGUGUCACUGCAUUUUGGAGUAACUAUGGCUUCGUUUUCAUGGUGUUUUCCGGAACUAUGAGUAUCUAAGUACUUGAAUUCUGUAACACAGAUCAAUAGGGUUCAUGUAUGUUCCUGUUGCCUGAUGUAGAAAUCUAUGAUAAAAUGCAGAAAAUAAGAGAACAUUGAUAUUUUAUGGU